GUUCGAGUCGCGUAGAUAAAGCGAAGCACGACGGUUGCGGAUCCGGGCGCAUCUAGACGCUGGAAAUUGAGCGGUGAUUGAUCAGGCAUCUUUGCCACAUAAAAUUAAGGAUCUCUCCCCGCAUUCAGGUCGGUUCGCCUUCCCCACAGCUGGCGGGAUACACUCUGCAGCGUUGCGGGAUCGGUCAGCAGUCAAGUCAAAUGGCGAUGACACUGACAAUGCACGAUCACCAAAUCGGGAAGGCGCCAGAAAGCAAUGACAAACACUUUCUUGCCGAGCAUGAAUUCAAUCAAUCUAUCCACAUUUGCUCGUUUUCGCGCCCAUACCGAACCCCGUCUUUUCCUUUCUACUGGCUCACUUCUGAUCUCGUUCGCCAACACUCAUCCCCGCGUUUCGAUACCCAGGAUCCGACAACGGCCCUUCGAGAUCCUGACAUGAGUUGCAAUGACAAAAUGCGCAGCCGACCUGACGCUCUCCACUCUCUGCCUGCGACGACGAUGGCCCCUGAAGAAACGCUUGAGUGGAAUUGGGACGUGGAGCAUUCAGACCGGCGACGAGAGAAACAGGCAGAUGCUGCUCUUCAUGGCGCAUUGCCAUUUCUCGUUGACAGAUCCGUUCUCAAAGACGUCGUCCGCGAAAAGUUUGCUACUAACCCCGCUCGAAUCAUGUUUCUGAGUGCAGGAACUUUCCACAAGGCUUAUCUCGUUACUCUCGUCGAUGGUAGACAAGUCGUCGCCAGGGUAGCUCGUAGAUUCAUGCCUCGACUGAAGACCGAGUCGGAAGUCGCGACAAUGCAAUACUUGCAGCAAAACACGAAUGUUCCGGUCCCGUUUGUUUACCACUAUGACUCUAAUCCGUAUAACCGGCUCGGUGGAGAGUACAUUCUGAUGUCAAAGGCACCGGGAAGGCCCCUUGCCGAAGUUUACCAUUCACUGGGCUAUAAUGAUCUCGUCAAUCUUCUUAGAAACAUCGCUAAGAUGGUCAUACCACUCUUCGCUCACCGCUUUCCCCAAUUAGGAUCGCUCUAUUUCGGUCCGAGUCCUCCUUCAACUCCUGCCCUUUCGAAUGCGGCGACACCCAAGGCGGUACAAACCUAUUACUCCGCCUUUCCGUUCUCAUCAACACUAGCGAUGUCCACUAUCGCGUCCCCCACUACCGCCACCCCCAAUUUCCAUGCCAAGAAAGAGUACCACGUCGGUCCCAUCAUUUCAUGGCCAUUCUUCGGAUCCCACCGAGGCGACUUGGCCCAUCCUGACGAAAUUAAUCGCGGUCCUUGGACGACAUCCGAAUCCUAUUUUCAGUCUUGCACAGAUAGGGAAGUGAAUGGCGUCAUACGCGAAAACGAAGGCAAAUCCGCACCCCACAGACUCCAUCUUGACCCCGAUGAAAUCAUAUCGUCGCGCCACCAUCAACUACAGGCCCUUCCAGGAGACCAGAGUGACGACAGUGACGAGUGGGAUUUGGAGGAGAGUGAGGCAGAGUGGGACGGCCCUGGUGAUGCAAUGUAUCGCGAUUAUCGGAGGAUGCAGAGAAGUACAUUCUUGAUCGCCCAUCUUGAACAACGGAUCGAGCGUGUUCAGGCAGAGACCAACAGGUGGCUGAAGCUGAUGGAGAAGUUGGCCAACAAAGUAAAGAAGGAAGGGCCUUCUCCGGAAGCGGAGAUGUUUGGACUUGACUGUCACGACCUAAGUCUGGAAAACGUGUUUGUGGAUAUUGAAGACCCAACAAAGAUAACAUGUAUAAUUGAUUGGGAGUCAACUACCACUCGACCGCUCUGGGCUUGCGCACAUCUUCCGGCUUUCCUUCAGGCCAGUCCUUUCACCGCCAAGCUUUUUCGCGAGAUUGUUGUGGAGAUGGCCUCCAAGAACAGGGACCAAAACGCGUGUCUCGCAAACGACUGGCUAUACUACGAAGCCGCUGGCACGCGCUUGCGCAUGGCUCACCGUUUCACUGAAUGGGACGGCUGGGAAGAGGGCUUAGUGGACAGCAUUUUAGGUCCUGAAGAAUCCGAGGAAGAUUGGUUAAAUGACCCUGCAGUUACUCCCGAGCCUGAGUCCAAUAGUGCCGGCGCUGCAGGGAGGAGAAAACCUUCGCUGAAGUUACCGCUGCCUUUAGAGAAGGAGUUGGAGAAAGAACAGAUGCUUAAUAAAACGGGAGACAUAUGCGGCGGCCGAGGUGGCGAGCUAGGAAGGAGACUCGAGGCGUGGCUUACAGUGACCCAGCAGUCACAAACAGGCAGGUUUUUGUGGGAGCAUUCGGAAGACGAUCAUCAUGAUGAGUUACCAGUGAAAAUGGACGGGCUAGUAAUUUGAUUGGGACUCUGUAGCGACUAAUGGUAGGGAUUGGAUCCAUUCACCUUCAUCUAUUGCAAGCUUUCUAUAAUGAAUGUAGCAUCUAUUUCCAAGAGUCCUGUACAUCUACAGAGAUAUAAUUACAGACUGCAUCAAUUGUAAUGUGUCAUGAAGAAUCCUUUUGGGAUCAUAAGCUUGAGACCAGGUUACACAUGUAUAAUCCUACCCAG